CGCCCGCGCCGGAGCCCCCGCGGGGGACGCCAGUUCUUAGGGGGCCCGAGAACACCCGGCGAGAGCGCCCCGCUUCUUCCGGGGGACGCGGACGCACAAGGAGGCCAGGAUUUUCUGGUACCUUUUGGAGGAAGGUCCAGCUCGACCAUCUGCUACUCGCGCACACUCGGUGCUGGUGGGACCCAGAGUUUGGCCUGACUAGAAGAGUUUUUGUCAGCGCGGGACACCGGCGCUUCUUGCAAUCAGAUUCCUGGGCGCUGUCUUUCCAGAAGCCUGAUUGGGCAUAGAGUUGCCACCUGGAGCAGUGGAGCCACCAGGUGCCGGGCCAUGGCCGAGCCUGGAGAGCAGCUGCCAGAAGAGGUGCUAGCGGUCAUCUUCAGCUACCUGUCCUUGCGGGACCGUGCUGCCGUGGCCAGAGUCUGCAGAGCCUGGGCUGCCGCUGCCACCUGCAGUACUGUGUGGCACCACACUAACAUCAGCUGCAACAGUGAGGGAGAAAGCAUGCUGCCACCGUCUCUGCUCCCCGGCUUGGCCCACAUCCACAACCUACGACUGGAAUUUGACUCUUCGAGGGAACCCAGCCGCAGGGCAGCCACGGAGUUGCUGAUCACACUGGCGGCUCGUACCCGGGGGCUGCAAGGCCUGCAUCUGCAGUGCCGAGGAGAGAAGCCACUCUUCGACGCCGGCCGCGACGUACUGGACGCCGUGCACGCCAUCUGCCGGACUGCCCGUACUCUGCGCCACCUCAACCUGCGGUGCUUGCCUUUCACCCUGGACGAUGCACUGGUGCUGCAGGUGGCACGCGGCUGCCCUGAGCUCCGCAGCCUUUUCCUGGACAACAAUACUCUGGUGGGCAGCGUGGGGCCCAGCUCUGUGCUGAGGCUAUUAGAGGCCUGCCCGCACCUGCGCGCCCUCGGCCUGCCCCUGGCCAGCCUGUCUCCGACCGCCCUCGAGGCACUGGCAGCGCCGGAUCGCGCGCCUUUGGAGCGCUUGGCCCUGCGGUGCGCGUGCCCCGAGGACGCGCGCGCGCCCCCGCUGCCCGACGCCGCCUGGGCCGCCCUGCGCCGCCGCCACCCUGGACUGGCCGUGGAGCUGGAGCUGGAGCCGGCCCUGUCUGCCGAGAGUGUGGCGCGCGUCCUGCAGCCCGCCGUGCCGGUGGCCGAGCUGCGCCUCUGCCUCUCUGGGGACACUGUAGGCCCCUUGCGCUUCGCGGCGCAACACUAUGCCGCCACCUUGCGCGUGCUCGAGGUGCGCGCCGCCGCCUCGGCCCCGCUGGACUCCGCCCUGGAGGCGCUGGCGGCGCGCUGCGCGGGCCUGCGCGAGGUGCACUGCUUCUGCGUGGUGCGCCCCUCGGUGCCGCGGGCUUUCCACGCGCACUGCCCGCGCCUGCGCAGCUACACGCUCAAGCUCACGCGGGAGCCUCAUCCCUGGCGGCCCACUUUUGUGAAGUGAUGGGGAAAACACGCCCCCAUCACCGCAGACGUGUGGCCUCUGAGAUCCUGAGUGGGGCGGCCAACUGCUGGCUCCUUCUUCACCGUGCAGUUGCUCCGUGUCCCUAAGGGAGUGAGGCGCUGGGGAGGCCUCGGGAACAUCCCGGGGUCCUGAGUCCACUUGGUGCUCUGGGCAUCUCGACCCCCCCCCCCCCGCUACUGGGGUCACCCUUCUCCAAACCCCACUCCGCCGCGCACUCUGCGAUCUCCUCAGCCCCUGCGUGGGGGCAGGGGGUGUUGAAGGCAGGACACAGGCACAAGCCCGGUCUCAGGGGUUACGUGUGAAACAAAUAAAUCCUGCAGUAUUUCUGCGUCCUGUGAAAGGCCUGGCUGGCUCCGAAAGCAAAGGGCGCGAAACGCACAAGGGCCGGAGCAGCGGUCUGGGCAGGAACCGGAGAGGUUGGAACCUCGAGGCCCCUGGUACUGAGUGUGGGUGCCGGUGCGGGUGGUCAAGGACAAGGCACUCUGCAACCUCGGGGUGACAACUCCCGGGGUGCUCGGUGGAAGGGCGCGGGCGUGUCCCCUCCCGCCU